GAGCAGAGGCGGGGCCAACAAGCCUGUUUUAGAAGCCCUCCAGUCCUUAGCUCGUUUAGAACACAGGACUCCAAGCUUAUUGGAGGGCCAUCUUGCCUUACGGCUCCAAGCCGCUUUUUACGGCGUUUUUCAGCUCGCCAUUCACUUCGCUGUGAAGAUGGCGUCGGGCAGCGGGACAAAAAACUUGGACUUUCGCCGAAAGUGGGACAAAGAUGAAUACGAGAAACUCGCCGAGAAGAGGCUUACGGAAGAGAGAGAAAAGAAAGAUGGAAAACCAGUGCAGCCUGUCAAGCGAGAGCUUUUACGGCAUAGGGACUACAAGGUGGACUUGGAAUCCAAGCUUGGGAAGACAAUUGUCAUUACCAAGACAACCCCUCAAUCUGAGAUGGGAGGAUAUUACUGCAAUGUCUGUGACUGUGUGGUGAAGGACUCCAUCAACUUUCUGGAUCACAUUAAUGGAAAGAAACAUCAGAGAAACCUGGGCAUGUCUAUGCGUGUGGAACGUUCCACCCUGGAUCAGGUGAAGAAACGUUUUGAAGUCAACAAGAAGAAGAUGGAAGAGAAGCAGAAGGAUUAUGAUUUUGAGGAAAGGAUGAAGGAGCUCAGAGAAGAGGAGGAAAAGGCCAAAGCAUACAAGAAAGAGAAACAGAAGGAGAAGAAAAGGAGGGCUGAGGAGGACUUGACAUUUGAGGAGGACGAUGAGAUGGCAGCUGUGAUGGGCUUCUCUGGCUUUGGUUCCACCAAGAAGAGUUACUGAGGCUUUCUAUGCUUGGCCAACUUUGGCCUAUGCUGGACCUAACUUUGCGUGUGUGUGUGUGUGUAGUGGGGGGUCAUUUCUUAUUGGGUAAUGGGAAAGUUCUUAAGAGUGUCAAUGGGGAGGGAUAGAGGGUGGGGGCUCAUGGUUUCCCUCUACUUUGGGAGAGGGCACAGAUUGCAGAGGUAAUGCUGUGGCAUAUUGCUUCAGCCUCAGUAUAUCACUGGAGUCACAGGACCCCUGCCCACCUGAGUUCCCAAUAAAGAAAAACCUCCCCUUCUGAGGCUGCUUCCCCAAAACUCCCCCUGCAUCUUUAUCUCUCCAUCUAUCCAACCUCUUGUCUGAACAUCCCACCUUUAUCCUGUGUUCUGCCUUUGUUUUAAUUUUAACUCAUGUUCGUCCUGCAACAGAAGCAUUCUCUAGGUUCCAGUUUCCAGUUGAUUGCAUAUCCUUGACCAGCCCUUUUUCCCAUUCCGCCCUGUGGUUCUCUAGCCACCUGUGCAUGCAUGUGUAUUUCUGCCUGGUUCUGUGGUGUGUGGAUGUGUGUGCAUGAAUCUGUCAUAUAGAGGGGGUCUGAGCUGGAAUCCUAGAGCAUUGCUGCCCUGGGGCCUGAUGUUCUUGGCUUCCUCAGAGCAUGUAACAGGAAAUUAAAUGGGAUGAGUGUUUGGUGUGGUUUGUGUCUGAUGAGUUUUUUAACAUUCAGGUGUAGAUUGUUUCAGCUUCUCUUGUUUCAUUUUCUUGAAGGUAUAUGUUUUUGUCUUGAGCAGGCUUUUGGAAGAACCUGUUUGAUGCAAAAAAGAAAAUGAAAAACAAAACAAAACAAAAAAUCCCCAAAACCUUACUAUGGGAGCCCUUGGGUCUUAGAAGCUGUUCAACAUGUAUAAUAAAUGGCAUUGACUGGGCCUGUUUUACAUUUGGUGGGAACAUUCCAUAA